CCAGCCCUGGCCAGCAGCGAGUGUCUCCUUUCGUAAAUUAAUUAUGGUAUUUUUCCCGUUGAUAAAAGCCCCGAAGCGCCGCGAGUGAGGCCUUCCCGCCAAGGGCCGCCAUCUGGACAAGGUGCGGGGCAGGAGCGCAAGGGCAAAAUGUCAACAAAGGCGGCGUUGCGUCACCGUGGCGGCGCCAGUCGAUAGGCCUUCGGUGGUCGCCGUCGUCGCCUCCUGCGUCUCGAGCCGUGCACGGGAGCCGCUCACGAUGACGGGCUCCCAUCGCGUGGUGCUGCUGGCGUGCGGCUCCUUCAACCCGCCCACCAACAUGCACCUCAGGAUGUUCGAAAUUGCACGGGAUUUCCUUCACAGAACUACAAAUUAUAAUGUAGUAGCGGGCUUGAUAUCUCCAGUCCAUGACAAAUAUGGGAAGGAGGGUUUAGUAAAUGCAAGCGAUCGUAUACAGAUGUUACGUCUAGCGCUGAAUUCCUCAUCAUGGGUACACGUGAGCGAGUGGGAGACACAGCAGGAUGAAUGGACACCAACACGAGAAGCUGUUCAAUACCAUCAGAAUUUGAUUCAGUCCACUUUGCGCAAACUGGGCAACUCCUCCAUCAGUGUAAGGAGACAUGGACGGGAGUUGGUGGACUCUGUGGUCAAUGGAAAUGUGGAUCCCACAGUGAAGCGACAGCGCCUUGACAGCAGCACGUCAUGGCUGACACACCUAGCAGGCUCGACAGAUCCUGUCUCCGUUAAACUUCUCUGUGGUGCUGAUCUUUUAGAGUCUUUUGCACGACCAGGCCUUUGGAAGGAUGAGGAUAUAGAAGCUCUGGUUGGAAAAUACGGGAUUGUUGUGAUAACACGGGAAGGCAGCAAUCCAUACAAGUUUAUAUACGAGUCUGAUGUGCUUACUAGGCAUCAGAAAAAUAUUCACAUUGUAACUGAAUGGAUCACCAAUGAAGUAAGCUCCACAAAGGUUCGCCGAGCCCUGAGACGUGGUGAAAGUGUCAAGUAUCUAGUGCAAGACAGUGUCAUAGACUAUAUCUACAAGAAUGCCUUGUACAACACACACAACAAAGUUCGAACGAGAGCGGUGUAUACCAUCUAUGAAGCACCUGUGGGACCGCGUGGCCUGCACCAAGCCCCAGCAGCCGAGCCUCGAGUACCUCCCUGUUAUGGUGUGACAAGACCUUUAACCUGGGAGGGAAAUCCUUCUAAGGUCGCUUCACACUACACUGUGACCUGAUCUCUGCGUGCUGAAAAAAGAGGGGGUAGAGGUCACUCACAGCUUCGGAACGGAUGAUCUAGAAUGAAACUUGAGGAAGGUUCUGUCACCCUGCUGACGGAGGAAUGGGAAGGACGCUGGGAAACGAACGCAUUAUGUUGACGUAACAGUGAUUCUAAGACAUAAAAUUAGGAGUGAGUGAGAGAGAGAAUGGGGAAGAGUGAGAGAGAGGGAGCGAGCUAUUGUGAAAUAAGCCGAGACAGAGGAAGGGAGAUAACAAGAGAUGACUCGUUGAGACAUGUGAGACGGUUUAGGAGAAAUCAGUAGGCUUUGCCAGGCUUAGUCAUCCAAGGGCAGAUCAUAUACUGUAUACAUAUGUAUGUGUGUAUAUAUA